GGCGCUGGUGUCGCGCGCGGGGCCCAGUGAUCAAUAGACAAGUGCUUCGGUGUGUGGUGUGGCGCGCGGUAUGUGUUGCUCUGGCUGUUCUCGGUCACCGUCGUGCGCCCGCUAGUUGUGGUGAGGGUGUGCUGGUGACCUUUAGUGAACCAGAAUGUGUGUGUGGUGAGGUGGUGAGGCCAGACGGCCGAGGAUGACCCUGUCGGAGCUGGGCGUGUGUGUCUCCUCCGCGUCCAACACCAAACGCACCGCGUCCGCCCUGCUGCCACCCGUCCACACUCAGGAGCUGUAUGAUGUGAGGAGGGUCCCAGCGCCACCCAUGGAGAGAUGCGCCUCAAACACCUCCACCUUCUCCUUCAGCCAGGACAUAUGCAGGAUCUGCCACUGCGAAGGGGAACAGGACUCGCCGCUCAUCGCUCCGUGUUACUGCUCCGGCUCCCUGCGUUACGUCCAUCAGUCAUGCCUCCAACAGUGGAUCAAGUCCUCCGACACCAAGUCCUGCGAGCUGUGCAAGUUCAACUUCAUCAUGCACUCCAAGAUCAAGCCUUUCAACAGGUGGGAGAAGUUGGACAUGUCAGGGAUGGAGAGACGGAAGAUCGCGUGCUCGGUGACCUUCCACGUGAUCGCCAUCACCUGUGUCGUGUGGUCCCUCUACGUGCUCAUACAGCGAACUACUGAGGAGGUGCAGGAAGGCACACUGGAAUGGCCGUUCUGGACUAAGCUGAUAGUGGUAGCAAUUGGGUUCACUGGAGGGCUUGUAUUCAUGUAUGUGCAAUGUAAAAUGUAUGUACAAUUGUGCAAGAGGUGGCGUGCCUUCAACAGGGUCAUCUAUGUCCAAAAUGCUCCGGAAAAGGUUCCCUUAAGUGAGCGUGACCGUGCGGAGUUGCAGCGUGAUGUGGCGCAGCAGUGUGGCGGCGGCUGCGGUGGAGGGAAGGACAACUGCAGCGAAUCUCAUGAGUCAGAGAAGUCACUCAUGGGUGUGUCCAUCAUCACAGGGGCAGCGACCCAUGAAUUAACUCCUACUACCACCAUCACCUCUUUUAAUACUAACACAUCUAUCACAACUACCACUGUCACUUCCACAAAUACCUCCAUUACAACCACCAGUCCCCCUGGUGCUGUAUGGACGGAGGCUCCCUCACCGCCCCUCGCUCCACAGCCCACCUUCACCACAGGUGUUUUGUCUGGGAUGCGACGCUCUAGAACUACGCCUCACCAGGCAUCAGCAUUUGUGUCUAAAGGACCACAGGACUCUAGGCCUGGAACUAGAGAUACUCGUCCAACAUUUGAGACCCCAUUUGUCUUUGAAGGAAGGUGUAACCAUGGUAGUAUGGAAGAGCUUUCUAGUCAAGCAUUGGCACAAAGUGAGAUGCAGCCUUUCAGAAAAUCAAGUUCUCAUAGUGUGUGCCUAGAGAAAGGUGUAGAUCGUGCUCUGGUUGGGGGUGGAAUGUCUCGUCAAGAUCCUUUUUUUGACAGCAACGGACAUAUUCGAGAUGCUCAUUCUUCAUCGAACUCUCGGAGAGGGGAAAUCCCAAGGGUGGAGCCUCGAAUGAUCCACACACCCAGUCUAAAUCUGCAAUGCAGGACUGAGAGUGGUGUAGACGCCCAUGAAGUGGAGACGCUACACCUUGAUAAUAUGUGAUACUCGACACUUGCCGUUGAACUUCUUUGAUAAAUGGUUUCUACUAGUAUUGAACAUCCAUGGUAUUAGACACUUCAUAUGCUCUUUUCUUAACCAAGCCAGACUGCAGUCAACAUUUUCUUCAUCCAAGAAUACAUUGAAAGUGAUGUGGAUUUGAUGACUAACUUUGGAAACUUUACCUAUUUAAUAUAAAAUAACAUGCACAUGGCAUGUCAUGGCUGGUCCCAUAAAAAAGUCAUGCAUCUGAGAAUUUCAUAAUUUUUCUAAUAACUCUUCAUUUGAAAUCAUAAACAAUCAUCGAAACUGUGUGAAAUUUUUUCAGUGUAGCAAAAUUUUGAAAUUAUACAUAGAAUAUAACCCAGAAAGUUAUGUUUAAUCAUUUACUGUGUUGAGCCAGUGUAUUAUCUGCAAAACAAAAAAAGUGGUUUUUAUAUUUGGAACUCCAUUCAAGCUGGCCCUUGAGUACAUUAUUAUACAUUACAAACUCAAGAAGUAAAAUAUAAAGCUAGGUUAAUGGAGAGGAUAUAGCUAAUGCAAAAACUUCACUGCUCAUGUACAAUCCAUUAAGACUAAUAAAAUUUGUGAUAUCGUUUCCCGAGAAGUCAUGAAUCUCUAUGUCAUGUUUUUUAAUAUGUCAUCUGUUCUCACCAUCAGUCUGUAUAAUUUUUUUAUGUAUAUCUUGUUGAGGCUCUUAUGACUACAUGGAGCUAUGAUCAAGAGUGAGAGUGUUCCAAUAACAGGGUUUGGUAAUCUUAUAAAAUACAAUUUUGAUAAGAAUAUUAACUUGGUAACCUAUGUAGAUAUAAAUGUUGGGCUUGAGUCAAUACUUCACUCCAUCCUCUACUUAGCAGGAUGAUCAAAUAUAAGAAACAGGAGCUGUUAACACAGCCACACCUUUAAGUAACCUCCUCUGACAUUCACACAGCAUCCAUUGAUAACUAUAAUGUCCAACUCCUAAACCUUUAUUGGCUGUAAACUUAACAUACUGUACACAUAUUUGAACUGAUAUAAUUGCCCAUUAAUUUACUACUAAAUGUCAUAAUUCCUAGUACGUUCAUAACAUUUUCCAGCUUACAUUAAUGCAAGUAGAUACAGUAUACAUAAUAAAAUUACAAUUACCUAUAUAAAGAUGCUAAAUCCUGUUGAUAGAUAUUCUCAACAAAGACAAUUCCUAAACAUGGUGGAUCAACAGGAAGGUCUGCACUUAUAUGCUGUCAUUAGAGAAUUGAAUCUGAACAGAACUCAAUUAUUUGUUCAAUUAUAUUUAAACUAUUAUAUUUACCAUAAUAGAUUGACCAUAGAAAACUGUGAAUGGAAUCUUAGCUACAACUCGGCACACUACUGAAAUGUCAGCAUAUAAGUAUAGCUCUCGUGACCUUCCUAAGUCUUCGUCAGACUCGCUACCAUGUGCUUGACUAGUUGUGAUAUUCCCAUUAUAGUAUACUGUAUAUAGUUUGUCACAAGGGAACUAAAAUUUUGUACUUUGAGAAGUAGAGAGAUGUAUUUAUUGUUUCUACAAAUGAUGUAUCCGCCCAAGCAGUGAGUGUGUUCUCUAUAUUAAUUGUUGUGUCACUGUGUCUGGCGAACACAGGGGUUGUGUCUUGGCUUGUGUUUCUGCAUGGGAGUGAAAGAAUCAUAGGACACAAAUAUCAUCUCACAUCACACAUGGCAUCUAACUAAUGACAGCUUACAAAAUCAUUUUGUGAAAUUCAUAUAUUAGAAGAGCAAUAAUGGCCGUUAUGUAUUCAUCGAUACUGACAGCUUUUUAAACAGCUGAAUAAACUUUGUAUAAUUUCAUUUCAUUUAUAUAAAUUAAUAAUUGAACAUUAACUUUACAUUCUACAGAUAUUUACAGUGGUAUGCUACAUGUUUGGUGCUCCAUCUGGCAAAGUAACAUGACCUAGUGAUUAAUAAUUGGUAUUACUACAGUAGACCAAUUGCUUUUUCUCUGAAUGUUUAAUUUUGUUGUAAAACAGUAGCUUUUCUAUUUAAAUUGUCAAACUGAAUACAGAUUUGGAAUAUCUUUCUCUCUAACUUUUUACAACAAAAUGCAAAUUAAGCAAACACAAGAAGACAUUUGAUAUUCACAAGUGUUGAUUAUGAUGGAUGAGUCUCUUGUGCAAUACUGAGGGAACUACCAGUUGAUAAUUUAUGUCCCUACACCUUUAUACAUUAUCAUAAACUCACCCCGUCUGUUAUAAAGAAGUGUCUUUGAGGCUUAUUGAACUGAUAUAGAAUUGUUUUAAUCUGCACUUAAUAGUGUAACAAACAGCAAAAGUCCCAAUUUACUGUACAGUAUUCAAACAUCAGGAAUUUGUACAGUAUACGGUAAGUAUACCGGUAAUUUUGAUACAAUAUCCGUAAUCUGAUAAAUGAUUAUACUGUAGUGAUAUUUCCGUUAGCCGGAACAAUUGGUGCAGAGCAGUUCCGGGUAACAAGCCAACUCUCUCAAAGCUGGAAAAAAAGCCCUCAUCCCUGGAAUUUUCCGG